AGUGAAACUGUUUUUGUUCGGAUUUAUCAUUACGUGCACGUCGAAUUGUCGGUUACUUACUUAAUAUUAAUUGUAUUACUGUUAUUAUAAAUAAACUUAACUCAAACACGAAUAAUUAAUCCACUUAUUUAUAAUAGAACUAACGGAAAAUGUCGCUAGAUCAGGAAUUUGAACAAGCUGCUGAAUAUCUUAAAUCUUUAACCAAACGACCAUCAAAAGAUGAGUUCUUAGAAUUGUACGCACUUUUUAAGCAGGCUACGAUUGGUGACGUUAAUACUGAUUGUCCAGCAUUGUUCGACUUGAAAGGCCAAGCUAAAUGGAGUCGAUGGAAUAGUAAAAAAGGAAUUUCAAAGGAUAAAGCUAAAGAAUCAUACAUCGCUUAUACAAUGGGAUUGCUUGCAACAUAUAAAUAAAUUAUCCACAGAUUCGGUAGAAUCUGGCGCCAAGUUCCGUUCAAUCAAGCCAGACU